GUGUCGGUCAACGUCCAAAUCAAAGUUAUCUUCCAUUGGGUUGCAAAGCCAGAUUUCGUUUGAAUGCUGACACAACAAAUGGAUGUCUUCGAAUUUCAUCAUUCCACAAAGAGCACAAUCAUGACAAUACUGAAGAAGACUACUUACGUGUCAUAUGUCGUGGAUUUCUGUUGAA